GCAUGUGCACGUCAUUUCCCUCAUCAUAGAGCACUAUUAUCUUCCCCAGGUCACUGCCAACCAGCCUUGUCAAGCGGGGCUGUUUUUAUGUCCUGGCUGCCAUGGCAGCAGGAAGUAGCGUUACCCGGACUAUCCGGAUCCCUGGCAGGCACGGAUAUGCAGUGGAGUUCUCCCCCUACAUCCCAUCUCGGUUGGCAUGUGCCACCUCUGAAAAUUAUGGCAUAUCAGGCUGUGGAACACUGCUUGUUCUAGAACAAAAUGACGCUGGACUAGUUGUUCUCAAGAGCUUUGAUUGGACUGAUGCCUUGUUUGAUGUUACAUGGAGCGAGGUCAGCGAAAAUAUCUUGGUAACAUCCAGUGGCGAUGGGUCUGUUCAAAUGUGGGAUACAUCGAAGCCAGAGGGUCCACUGCAAGUCUUGAAAGAACACACUCAAGAGGUUUACAGUGUCGAUUGGAGCCAGACACGUGGAGAACAGUUAUUAGUAUCAGGCUCUUGGGAUCACACAGCUAAACUGUGGGAUCCCUCCAUUGGGAAGUCUCUGUGCACUUUUACUGGCCAUGAAAAUAUUGUCUACAGCACCAUAUGGUCACCGCAUAUACCAGGCUGCUUUGCAUCUGCCUCAGGAGACCAGACUCUAAGGAUAUGGGAUGUGAAAUCCCCAGUAUGCAAACUGGUGAUCCCAGCUCAUCAAGCAGAAGUUUUGAGCUGUGACUGGUGCAAAUACGAUCAGAACCUUCUUGUUACUGGGGCAGUUGACUGUAGUUUGAGAGGCUGGGACCUGCGCUCAGUACGCCAUCCAGUUUUUGACCUCCAUGAUCAUACCUAUGCAAUUAGACGUGUAAAGUUUUCACCAUUUCAAUCAAGCGUUCUGGCGUCGUGCUCCUACGAUUUUACUGUAAGGUUGUGGGAUUUUUCAAAGCCCUCUCCCCUGCUUCAGAUUGUGGAUCAUCAUACAGAGUUUACUUGUGGCCUUGAUUUCAGCAUCCACGAACCUGGCCAGAUAGCAGACUGUGCAUGGGACGAAACUGUGAAGAUAUACUCCCCAUCAUGUCUGUCCUUACCUUUUUCUUAACAGUUUUUUUCUAAUUUUAAAAUAUGAUUAGGAAACAUUCUGUAUCCACUAUCAUUAUGACAUAACCUUUUUUUGAGGAACUGAAAAUCUUUUACAUCUCUGAUUUGUUUAAAUGUUAUUUUGAUCUUGGUAAUAAUUUAAGUGUGUUGCAGGAAGUGUGUGUAAUAAAAAAAAUAUAAGCCAGAAUGAUGGUAUAAUAUGUAUGAAUGAAGGAUUAUUCAUUAAUUCAUGGAUCAAUAUGCCCUAACUUUAUACGUGUUUGUACAUGUAUAAUUUUUUAAAGGUACUACCCAUUUUAAAAAUCGUAACAUAAAUAUUGAAACAGCUAAUAUGAAGACAAUAUUUAGUCAUGCCUCAAAACCAUUUAACUGAUGUGGCAAAUGUGCUUGUUGUUGCCAUGGUAACAUAGUUCUACCAUUUUCUCAGUACUCUUCUACCGGAAUGACAUUACUGUGGACAUCAGUUUGCGUGCCAUUUGACACAUAAGGGGAGGAGGCUAGAAAGAUAGUAAAUAUUUAUUUUUUAACGGUAAAUAUGACUAAAAUAACUGUAUUGUAGUGUGAAAAGGUUAUAACAAAAUCACUAUUAAAGACAAUGCUUUAUAUUAAAUCCAAAUAAACAAAAUAAGUAGCAGGGUUAUUGUGUGCCUGUGUUAUUAUUUUGGGUGGGAGUUUAAUGCAAUGAUGGACAUAUAAUGUAAUUCAUUCUAAUGAGCUGUGUUUCCUGACCUUUUAUUCAGUGUUAGAUUAUUUUAACUGUUCUAAAAAUAAAGUGGCAGUUUUUGACAGAUA